AUGGGAAAUAACACUGGGACGAGUGUGGAGGAACUACAAGCUUGUGAGAGUCAUCAGUGGUACAGAAAGUUCAUGACUGAGUGCCCGUCUGGACUUCUCACCUACUACGAGUUCAAGCAGUUUUUUGGCCUGAGGAAUCUGACGGAUACAUCGAACGCCUACGUUAGGACAAUGUUUACAACGUUUGAUAUGAAUGAUGAUGGUUACAUUGACUUCAUGGAGUAUGUGGCUGCUCUGAGCCUGGUGCUGAAAGGUGGAGUGCAGCAGAAGCUCCGCUGGUACUUCAAACUCUAUGACGUAGAUGGCAGUGGCUGCAUCGACCGCGAAGAGCUGCUUCAGAUAAUUAAGUCCAUCCGUGCGAUCAAUGCAUUGCCCUGUGAGAUGUCAGCAGAGGACUUUGCCAACAUGGUGUUUGACAAGAUCGACAUCAAUGGAGACGGUGAGCUGUCCUACGAAGAGUUCAUGGAGGGCGUCCAGAAGGACGAAAUGCUGCUGAAGACACUAACAGAGAGUUUGGACCUCUCGCACAUUGUCCAGAAAAUUCAGGGAGAGCUAAGGGCCACCGUCUAAUAUUUCCUGAAAUGUAUAACUUUUGAGUGCCACAGCUGAAAAACUGAGUUCAUCUGUAAUGAAGCUGUUUUCAUUGAAAGGAUACAAACUUCAGAAUUCAAAACAUGACACCUCAUACUGUGGCUUAUAAUUGUUUUAACACCUAAAAGUAAUAUUUAAAAGCUUUCUGCUAAUGUGACGAUAAUUCACAAUGAAACAAAAGGCAUCAUUAUGUUACUAUAUGAUCAAAAUGUCUUCAUAUUCUGAAAUAACCAAAACACAUUCAGCGUUGUAAAGACAAAUCAAUAAUUCAUAUUGUCCAAGGUUUUCAGGUGCAUCAUCUGUUGGACUUGAUCCACUACUCCACCAUCCAAUGUGCAUUAAGUACCAUUAUUGCCAUGAAUUAUAGUUGUUGCUGUUUGACAUUGAAUACAUACUGAAUUUACGGUAAAAAUUAACUUACAGAUAUCGGAGACCACUGAACUUUCUUAACUGUAUUGUUGUUCAUUGUGUGCAGUAAAUAGAGAGAUUCCACUUCAUCUGAUAUUACUGAGCCCCUGUGCUAUAAAAAUGUAGGUUGCUUUUUUGAAAGCCUUUACAUUAAUGCUCUUUUAUACUUGAAUUAGAUGCUGAGUUAAAACUGAGUUACUGAACAGACCCUGUAAUAUUUGUUUUUGAAUAAAAACUGCGAUCAAAGCCAUUUGUCUUUCUUCCUUGAUCAGCCUCUUGUCCCCAAUCAAAAAAGGAUGAAGUUUUUAAAUAUUGUGUUC